AUGACCAUCAAAUUUCAAAAAUUGGUCACUUAUUUACCGUCCGUGGGAACCGGAACACCUUUAAAAGAAGAGAAAUUUCCGAUUGAGAACGAAGACGCUCAAGCCUUCCUUCUCAUCUUCUGCCUGGCAUCCUCCAUUUGUUAUCCUGUUUUUGGAAAACGUUGUCGCUGUAAUACGACACCGAAACCCUAUACUAACACUCAAACCUUCCUUCUCAUCAUCGGCAUCUCCAUUUCUUAUCCUGACUUUGGAAGACGUUGCCGAUGUAAACCGACACCGAAACCGACGCCGAUAUCGACGCCAAAACCUACGCCAAAACCGACGCCGAAGCCCUCCACUCACAAUCCACCCGCCGCAUGUCGUCCUCAUCAGAACAACACAGUUUUAUUCGCGUAUUCAACUGAUAUCGACUAUUAUACAUAUUAUCGGGAAAUCGCUUCUAUGGUCUAUAUUUUUAAUAAGUAUAAAACAAUGGCAACCGUUCGAUUCGAUACAAAAGUGGAAGAGGAGAUCGAGUAUCACACGGACAAAAAGAGUUUGAAUGCUUCUCUAUGGGCCCAUCUAUCGGAUCCAUCAUUUGGUUAUAGAGAUAAAACUAGUGGAAGUAACCUGUACAAUGUGUUGAAGAAGUUUCUCAAUAAUGGGAAAGUUUCAUUAUGCGGAGCUCAAGUGUAUGUAUUAGUUAAACGGUAUCCAGAUGAAUCUGAUGUAUCCGACAUAAUCACCCAACUACGAUCCAAUCAUGUGAUGGUGUUCAUUGUUGUCGACAGUGUCCCAUCGGGCGGUUCCAAUUCUGCAACACUCUACGAAAUGGCAUAUCAAACCAAUGGAUACUGUGCUUUUGCCACCUUCAAGGAUCUUCCAUAUGUUUUUCACUGGAUGAUCUGGUUACUUGAUAGUCCUUACCAAUUCAUUGCUCAAAAUUUUGUGGUUUCUGGAUCGGGUCGAAUCGAAACACCGGCAUUCAAAACUCCAAAACCACCUGGUAGAAGAGAUUCGUGUCCAUAUGCAAUAACUGUCCAAAACCACACACUAGACAAUUCAUUUGUAUCGAUGAGCUAUACAAUUGAGAGUACUGAUGGAUCUUAUGCUUACAACUAUUCGAGUAGAGAAUCACAUUCUCUCUAUGGAACUGCACGAUCAUAUUGGGUGUUUUUAAACGGAUCCCUUUCUUACAAAUGGACAAUUGACUAUCAUUAUAACACUGAUGCACCACAAAUCAUACAGCUAAGAAUGUACAGUAAAUAUUAUCACGACUUUCUUCCACUGCCAGAUUUCAAAUGA